AAAAUUGAAUCUGAACCCUAAAUCAUCGUCGCCGUGGCCUUCUCCGCUACCACCGUCGUUUCCACCAUCCCCCUCACUGUGAUCUUCGCUGCAUUUUUCUUCUGCCUCUCCCAUCGUGUUAUAGAUUGGUAGAAGAAGGCGAAAUUCGAGAGAAGGACAUGGAGAACUUGGAAGAUCUGAAAAUUCUGGCGGAGCAGUGGUCGCAUCAAGGAAUUGAAUAUCUUCAGAAGAUACCACCGACUCAGCUCUAUGUUGCUAUUGGCGUUCUGUUGUUGACAACCAUUUUGUUCUUGUUAUCCAUUCGCUUGUUCAGACGUACCAAAUCCAACACUGUACUCCUUUCUGGGCUGAGUGGAAGUGGAAAGACUGUGCUCUUCUAUCAACUCCGAGAUGGAUCAUCCCAUCAGGGCACUGUAACAUCAAUGGAACCGAAUGAAGGCACUUUCAUUCUUCACUCUGAAAAAGCUAAGAAAGGAAAAAUCAAGCCUGUACAUCUUGUUGAUGUUCCUGGGCACUCUCGGCUUCGACCCAAGCUGGAAGAAUUCUUGCCCCAAGCAGCUGCCAUUGUGUUUGUAGUGGACGCCUUGGAGUUCCUCCCAAAUUGUCGUGCAGCUUCAGAGUAUCUAUACGACAUUCUGACCAAUGCCAACGUUGUCAAGAAGAAGAUACCAGUCCUCCUUUGCUGUAACAAGACAGAUAAACUCACUGCACACACCAAGGAGUUCAUCAGGAAGCAGAUGGAGAAAGAAAUUGAGAAACUGAGGGCUUCAAGGAGUGCAAUAUCUACAGCUGAUAUAGCCAAUGACUUCACCAUUGGAAUCGAAGGAGAAGUGUUCUCCUUCUCGCAUUGCUAUAACAAAGUCAUUGUCGCUGAGGCAUCUGGACUCAAUGGAGAAACCGUUCAGGUCCAAGACUUCAUCCGGGAAUACAUCAAGCCUUGAGAGCAGAGCCGUGGGCUUAGGGCCUUAAUAUUUUAGAAAAACUUAGAAACCUUUUCUUUGUAAGAUUUACCCAUUACAAUUUGUUUUUAGUUUUUUAAUAUAUUCAAUAUUAUUGGUUAGAUC